AUGCCACUCCAAACUACCAACCACGGUAUGGGUUCAGAGACUCCAACCAACAUGGCGACCUCCGGCCAUCAUCGUAAGAAAUCUCCACCGCCCUCGCCCCCACCGGAGUUCAGCCACCACCGCCGUCCCCAUUCUGACCGCUUUAAAUCCCGUAUUCGAACUCCUGAAGCGGUGAUCAUCUUUGCUAUGGUGGCCAUUACAUGCUUGCUUUUGUAUCACUCGGUACCAUAUGAUUCGUUUGCUGCCACCAAGCAACUCCCUAAUUCAAAAGUUGGUGAACUGAAAAGCAUACUGAAAGAAGCUGCAACUAGUAGCAAGACGAUUAUAAUAACUGCAGUAAAUCAUGCUUGGGCGGAACCAAACUUUAUUUUUGAUCUUUUUCUUGAAAGCUUUAAAUUCGGGAAUGAAACCCGAAUAUUUCUAAAGCACUUAGUUGUCAUUGCUCUAGACCAAAAGGCAUACACUCGUUGCUUGAAGUUACAUCCUUAUUGUUACAAUCUUACUACAAAGGGAGUUGAUUUUUCUGAAGAGGCUUAUUUUAUGGCACCCGACUAUUUGAAAAUGGUGUGGAGAAGAAUCGAUUUUCUACAUACUGUUCUACAACUAGGAUAUAACUUUAUCCUCACGGAUGCAGACAUAAUGUGGUUUAGGGAUCCAUUUCCACACUUCCAUGACGAUGGUGAUUUCCAACUUGCUUGUGAUUACUAUAGAGGGGACCCAAUUGACCUAAAUAAUUUGGCAAAUACUGGUUUUACUUAUGUAAAGUCAAACAAAAAGACAACCAAAUUUUACAAAUUUUGGUUCGAUUCAAGAUUAACUUAUCCGGGCUUACAUGACCAAGAUGUGUUCAAUAAGAUCAAGCUUGACCCGUUCAUUCGUCAUAUCGGCCUAAAAAUCCGGUUUCUCGAUACAACUUUCUUUGGUGGAUUCUGUGAGCCAAGUAGGGAUUUUGACAAGGUGUGCACCAUGCAUGCAAAUUGUUGUGGUGGGUUAGAAAAUAAGGUUCAUGAUAUUAGAAUUAUGCUUCAAGAUUGGCGAAACUAUACGCAGAUGCUCGGGAAUCAAACUGCCAUGGUUAGACCAGUUUCUUGGACGGUUCCCCAAUUAUGCAAAAUAGUAAUCUAG